UCCACCACGUGUCGGCACUACCUGUUCAGCUGUCUGAAGGCAGGUGGAACUGCUCGGCCGUGCGAUGGGAGGACAUGCAGCAUCACUUCCCGUGUAACUUUGUGUCUAACUGUGUGGGCGGCGAAGAUGAAGCUGGAUGCUGGUCAGGUGACGGCACGUGCAGCCCGGGGACAUUCCAGGCUGGCGGCCGCUGCUUUUCACUUUCUCGUAUAGAGCAGCAAGAAGUGUCAUGGAAUCUUGCCAGUAACUGGUGUCAGCAGCGAGGAGGACAGUUGCCAAGUCUAACCACAAGACGUGUGUGGGACGCUGUGACAGACCUGUGUCACAAGACUGACAAAUGCAAUGAAUUCUACAUCGGCGCCAGGUCAGCUCCUCCUACAAUAUCCGCGAUGUAUCAGAACAGCUGGAUUUGGUCUGAUGGUACGAUCGCCCAUUUCAUAAAAUUGCAGACCUUUAAGAGAUCUCAUUAUACCUCAGACACUUGCACUAGCUUUCGGACUGGUUUUACGUUUUCACUGGAAUUCACAGGACGUCAGUCACUUGUUGUACAAGAAUGUGAGGAAACCACACAAUUUGUGAGUUGUCUUUUAUGUGAAAUUCCGGACGCCUUAAGGCCAUAUAAAGAAGAAGAACUGCCAGAGAUCAAAGCAACAUGUGUACAACAAUGGGAGCGCUGUAAUGGUCAAGUGGACUGUGACGACGGUGCCGACGAGAACCGGUGUAAAACAAACGUCGACUACAGUAAAGACACUCUAGACCGAGAACUCCCAUUGAUAAUGGAUCUCAAUGCAAAAGGAAGGUUUAUGUUUUCUCCCUACAAGAAAGACGAAUACAAUACGUCGACCAUUUUUUCCUGUCCUGAUUCCCACUUUACGUGUGUCAGCCUUCAGCAGACUGGUCAGAUUACAGUGGACCAUAGUCAGAUGAAUGAGAAAGGUAUUGUUCCACAAAUGAGCGAGGGUGAUGGACGUACCGCUGACAUCCAGAUAGCGAAUGUUAGAAAAGUCAGCGGCAUUAAAAAUGUCAGAACAAACGAAGGCCCAGCCGUGGCAGAAACAGUUGUGUGGACAUGA